UUAAUUCACAUUGCCACAAAGUGUUCUAAAACAAAUAAAAGCAACCAGCAAUCAAAAAAUGUUGUUCUGACAGAUCAAGCUAUUAAUGGUAGAAAUAGUCUGAAAGUCUGGAUGUCAUGACCUGAGUAAACAGAGCUACACCCCUUUUCAGAUUGCAUAAAAGGCACUGGAUUCCGAAUGCCAUUGAGUCUUUCAUCAGGUGGAGCUCAUUAAUCCGUGAACAGAGUCCUGAAGCAGGAAAGAAAACAAAGGAUUUUUUGAUUAAGGUGCUGUCCAGAGGGUUUUCAUCCACUAUCUGCAAGUGGAACAAUUAUUGUUCAAUAAUGAACAAGGAGGAACUGACAUUACCUGGCUUCUCACAGAGUGUUAUCCAAACUCAUAUUCCAGAGAACAUAGCUGUCACUGAUGACAAUGCGUCUCAAGGCGAUGAGAAUGUGGAGCGAGGAAACUGGUCUUCGAAGACUGACUACCUGCUCUCAAUGAUCGGCUAUGCUGUGGGUCUGGGUAAUGUUUGGCGAUUCCCUUAUCUGGCGUACAGGAAUGGAGGAGGAGCAUUUCUUAUUCCCUAUUUUAUCAUGCUAAUGCUCACUGGGAUGCCGUUGUUUUUCUUGGAGUGCUCCUUCGGACAAUUUGCCAGCCUUGGACCAGUUGCAGUGUGGAAAGCAGUUCCAGUCUUGCAAGGUGUGGGCAUUACUAUGGUCCUGAUAUCAGCACUUGUGGCCAUUUAUUACAACUGCAUCGUUGCCUACAGCCUGUUCUACCUGUUUGCCUCGUUCCAAUCCCCUCUGCCGUGGGCAGACUGCUUCAGCUGGUGGGGAGCAGAUGAAACCUGCAGCAGGACACCAAAAGGUCCACUCUGCAAUAUCACAUUGGACAAUGAAUAUUUUGAAAUUGUUAAUUCAACAUGGCUGGAAGAAAACAACGUAACUUGCAUAAACGGAUCAAAAAUUGAUGUUUCUCACCAGGCUCCAAGUGAGCAAUACUGGGAUAAAGUGGCUUUACAUCGUUCAAGUUCAAUCGGUGAGACGGAGGGGAUAGUCUGGUAUUUAGCCCUCUGCCUGCUUUUGGCCUGGCUGAUAAUUGCAGUCACACUAUCUAAAGGAAUUAAAUCUUCAGGAAAGGUGGUUUAUUUCACUGCAACGUUCCCUUAUGUGGUUCUCAUUAUACUCCUGAUCCGAGGUGCGACCCUGGAUGGAGCCUAUAAAGGAAUUCAAUUCUACAUUGGAAGCCAGUCAGAUAUCAGUAGACUAGCUGAUGCUGAGGUCUGGAAAGAUGCUGCAACUCAGAUAUUCUAUUCAUUAUCAGUUGCUUGGGGAGGUUUAACAGCACUGUCAUCCUACAAUAGAUUCCACAACAACUGUUACAAAGAUGCCAUCACUGUCUGUAUUAUUAAUUGUGCUACAAGUAUUUUUGCUGGAUUUGCCAUCUUCUCUGUCCUUGGACAUAUGGCUCACAUACAAGACAAGCUUGUUUCAGAAGUUGCAAAAUCAGGUUUUGGUUUGGCUUUCAUUGCCUAUCCAGAGGCUCUCGCACAGCUGCCAGCAGCACCAUUUUGGUCAAUUUUGUUUUUCUUCAUGCUGGUCACACUCGGACUUGACAGUCAGUUUGCAAAUAUAGAAACUAUUCUGACAACCAUGAUAGACAAGUUCCCCAAGCAACUACAAUCAAAACGUCUUAUAAUGACAAUAGGCCUUUGUUUGAUGUUCUUUUUCCUUGGCCUCUUAUGUGUAACACAGGCUGGGAUUUAUUGGAUCAAUCUCCUGGAUCAUUUCUGUGGUGGAUGGGGAAUUCUUGUAGCAGCUGUGGUGGAACUUGUUGGUGUAAGCUGGAUCUAUGGGGUAAACAGAUUCAUCAAGGACAUUGAGAUGAUGAUCGGGGAAAAGAGUUGGAUAUUCUGGCUGUGGUGGAGAGUCUGUUGGUUUUUUAUCUCCCCAUGCCUGCUGGCAGCAGUUUUAAUUUGGUCUUUCGUGACAUUUGUUCCACCAACGUAUGGCAAUUUUCAGUAUCCUUCCUGGGCAACAGCACUUGGCUGGUGUAUGAUUAUUUUUUGUAUAAUAUGGAUCCCUAUUAUGGCCAUUGUGAAAAUUAUCCAGACUGAGGGCUCCAGUUUACUUCAGAAAAUCACCAAUUCUUUCAAGCCAGCUCCAGACUGGGGUCCAUAUUUAAAGCAACACCGAGGGGAAAGAUACAGCAAUAAGCAUGAUUCUAAACAAACUACUCUGUCUGAGAUGGCAAAACUUUAGACAAUUCUUACAAUUCAAUUUGUAAAUAUUAUUUCAAAUGUUGAAGAAUAUUUGUAAAAGUUGGUUUUAAAAGAAUAGGUAACAUAUUUCCCUUAAUGAAUCUGUCAAAAUACAGGAACAAUUUUAAGGACACAAGUUUGUCAUGUAUAGUUUUGUCAGUGAAAAGCAUUUAUUGGAAAUUCAUGCUUGUAAUUCCAAUGUGGACACCAAAUGGCAUACACCGUGCCUGAAAGUACACAUUCAUUAAAUUAUCCCUCUCCAUUUUCACUUCUUAAAAAGUCAUUUUCUGAAAUAUUUAAACAGUGAUAUUGGCAAGCAUCUUUACUUCAAAAAGUGGAUAAACUAAAAUUAAGAAAAGUAAUGGAACUGGAACCAAACCCAUCUUAAGACCAACCACUUUAAUUUUUAAUGAAAAUAGGACAAGGAGUGACAGUACAAAAUGCUCCUGAGAAGGAGAUUGGACAUUUAACUAAUAUAUUACAUGCCUUUAUUUUAAUAAACAUUCUAUUUUUAAUCAUUGACAACUGGGUUUCCCAGGUCUCAGGGAAAGGUGUGAAGGACAGAAUCCACGUGCAAUAGACUUAUGGACCAUAGGAGCAAGAAUAUUUCCUCCUGGACCAACAAGCUACCGAUUAAACACCAUCCUUGUUCCCAGCUGACUAAUGUUAGGCCUGUUCAUCUCCAUCAGAAUACUCAUCCAUGAUCUGCUUCCCAUUAACUGUACCAAAACAAGCCCUACUUCAGUCAGGAACCCCAGCUCCACCCUUCAGACCAACUGCAUAGUGCUCUGCCAACAAUCAUGAUUCCAGAUCUAACACUGGCAAGCCACUUGCCCAAAAUCUCAAUAUACCAUAAACUGACCACAACUGACAUGUCAUCAUAAUCCGGCACUUUGGCCAUUAUCUCUGCUCUGAAAUCUAAAUACACCACCCCACUAUGAUCUUACUCAUUCUUAAUGACCUGUUCUGGUAGUGUUGGGCCGUGAGAAGUCAGGUAUCCCAGCUCAUUAAACACUGGUCUGUUAUUCAAGCAUAGGAAUUUAAAGAAGCCCUGUAACUAAAGUCUGCAGGGCAUUUAGAAAUGCUUAUCAACCACAUAGCUACAGCCCCUUCCCGCUCCCCCCAGCCUUUAUAGAACAGUCCUAAGAAUAUAAUCUACUCUAAAGUUUUCCUAGUUUUUCAGGUACACCAACCUCCUGGCAUUCAUUGGUGGAGACAGCCAAUGGUAACAGUAACAAUUAUAGCUAAGCGCUCACCUUAUCAGACCUGAAGAGUGCAGAUGGGGGGGGACCCUGGGGAGUUAAGUGUAACACUCAAACUAUACAGGCAACCCAUUAGCAACAUCUUUCAGUCACUGAGGCAGAAUAAUUUGUAAAACCUUUUAGCAAUUGGCUUGCUACCUUGAGAGAUGGCUCUUCAGGUCAUCGUGACCCCCCCUUACCAGACUCUGAGCAAGACACCCCUGCUGCCAUUGGCUCACUGGUUCUUCCCCCAUCCUCGCCAUUCAACCUCUUGACAACCAGAGAGGAGAUGUAUGUCAAGUCCAAGCUGAAAACCUUGGUACACGACCUCUGGCCCCUGCCAUUCUACAGAUGAUCAUCUUGCAAACUGUAAAUAAAUUUCUUUGAUAAUUGGUACAUAACAAUUGAUAUUUUAUGAGUGGAAGCUAACCACUCCCAGACUUAGAGCACUUAUAAACAUAAAUGGACUUGUAUAAUGGACUUCAAUUAAUUCCUAAACUUAUUGUUUGUAUCUAUUAUGAAGAUGACCAAGUGACUGUCUGGUUGGCAAAGCACCCCCAUUUGCCUCCAAUCCAGUGAGGAUGUUGCUCCUCUCACAAUAUGAUUCAGUGAGAGCCACCUCCUCUCAACUUUACAGAUUACAUGGUGCCUACCAUGUAGGUUCACAAACAAAGGUUAAUUAAGUGGAGGGGAGGAUUCAGAAGCACAAUACUCAAAUGCAUUUUAAACAGAUUUAUUCCUUUCUUGAAAAUUUACUAUAAAUGAAUUCAUGUCCAGAAAUGCAUAUUGAAAACUUCAGGGCGUAGAUCAGAAUAUGAACACUAAUCCCUGAUCUAUUUUUUUCUAUAGGAAAAAGAUUUUCAGAAUCUGUACAGAUUGUUCUUGAGCUGAAGCAUAUUUGUUUCAUUGACUGCUUUUUGCUCCCAUCAUAUCACUUUAUAUCAUAAAUUAUCCAAAGACCUCUUGUAUACUCACAGUUAUUCUCUUCCAACUUAUUUCAAGUCCUGGGUAGUUGCUAAUUAAAAGUGGCAGGGCAGCUUUGAAUUGCCCAACUAAUAUAUACAGAUUACAUCAUUGACAGGACUGUUUGGACUAUCUGUCCAUAAUCAGAAUUUGUUUCCUUAAGUUAGGUGGUGAAUUAAGUCAUUUUACUUUUCUUUCAGGUUAAAUUGAUCCACGGGUGAAUGAUAAUAUAGAUUCUAAAGGAUUUUUUUAAGUGUAGGUUUUUCAUGAUUACUUAACACUACCCCUUCCUGGUUCAUCUGAAGCUGAUGUAUUUCAAUUUCUUUAACUUUAAAUUACAAUCUCUUAUAUUUGGUCUUUCACCAAUGUGUCUGAACUCAUAUCACAAUUGCAUAUGGUUGCUUAUAAAUUUCAUAGCUACAAAUUUACAAGUUGGACUAAAGAUUGAACGAAAGCAGAACAUCAAAUAAAAAUGGUCUAGGAAAAUCUCCAAAAUUUUCAUGUAAUAAAGAACGAAUUUCACUUCCUCCAGUAACCAUUUGGGAAAAUCAUUGAACCAGAAAAUAUUCCAGAGUUUUUGCUGUAGAGAUUUGAUAAGAAUGCUGUCCUACACAUUGCCUUUGUUACACAAGUGUAAUUUAACCUUUAAAGCUGCUGUUGUACUUGCUUUGUAAUGAUGCAACUAAAGCACAGUUACAAUUCAACUGAGUGAAUCAAAUUCAGUAAAUGUCCGAAGACAAAACGCAACACCAUUUAGGCAUGCUGUUUUGGACAAGAACACCAACCUUGUAUAUUUAUUUAAUAUUAAGUAAAAUAGAUACUGAGCUAUGGAGAAAUACAAGGAAUAGUUUGCAUUGCUUUCACAUGAUGGUAUGAAAAUCCAAAUGGCAUUAUAUGCUGGAAACUUCUACAAAGGUGAGAUGAAACUGGUAAAAUAACACUAGUAAAAGUAAAUGUAUUUAAUAGGAUUUUGUUUAAAUGAAGAAUAAAUAUUAAACUAACUCGGUUUCACAGAGUAGCCAGCUUCUGUGUAUUCAAUAUAAUUAUGUUUUAAUAA